UGAACCAAGUACACCAUGGUAUUAAACCCAAAGGCAGUGGAUAAAAUCCUCUCAUCUUCAUCAUAUCUCUCAUGGCUAUGGCUUCUUCAACAAUCAUAACCAGGGUGCAAACCUAUUCUCAACCUCCAAAUCUCUCAAAUCCAUCUGUGCCUUUGAACGUUUUCAAGUUUUCAUCAUCAUUUCAGACUCGAAUCUCCCACACGCACCAUGGAUUGAAGCUCAACCAUCUCCUCAACGCAGCUUCCGAAGGAUCUGCUUCUGAGUUGAUUGAAGAUUCAAAGUUUGUUCCUCUAAAUCCUGAUGAUCCUACAUUUGGUCCACCAGCUUUGUUAUUGCUGGGCUUUCAAGUCGAUGAGCUUGUGAAGAUACAGAAGUUUUUGAAAGAGUUAGAUGGUGAAUUCUUAGAGGUUAUCUUUUGCACCGAAGAUAUGCUCCUUGGCUCUCUUUGGGAAGCUAUAAAUACCAAACAGCCAAACCUUGAAGCUUCAAAGAUUGCAAAAUCGCUACCACGGAUUUGCUUUUUAUCCGGUCUUACAGGCGAGGAGAUGAUGAUGUUCAUCGAUUCUUUUUCAGAAUCCGGAUUAGCAGGAACUGUAUUUGCAGCUGUUGUACCCAAUAGUGCUGAUAAGCCAUUACAAGAGGUGAUAGAUGAGAUCAUGGGUGAUCAUGAGAUGAUGAAGUCAGGGGCAUCAAGAUAAGUUCGCCGUUCGAUAGUGUCAUUUAUGUACCUUGUAAUUAAAAGCUCAAAUAAGAGUCGAGGUUACCGAACAUUAAACAGUUGUUGUUCUAACAUUACAGUGCUAUUAUAUUGAUACAGGUAUAUCCCAUACAGCUA